CGACAAAUACCCAAACAUCCCACCUCUGGACGACCACCUCCCACCUCGCAACAGUCGUCCGUGUGAAGAAAGCUACAAUGGCCACUGUCCACGAAACAGCAGCAAGCGCCGUGCAAGCGCGCAACCGGAUCUCCCCGCACAUCUACAAGACCCCGCUCAUCCCCGCGCGAUCGCAAGAAAAUUCCACCAAACCCAGUACAGGAACGCGAAUCCUUUUCAAGGCCGAGAACUUCCAACGAACAGGCUCCUUCAAGCUCCGUGGCGCCAUGUCCAAACUGUCCGCCUUCUCCGGGAGCGGCAACAAACUCAUCACCGCGUCGUCUGGUAACCAUGGCAUCGCCGCUGCCUGCGCGGCUCAGACGCUCGGAAGGGACCUUACUGUCGUUCUCCCGGAGAAUGUUGUCCCCGCUAAGCUUCAGAAGAUCAAAUCGUAUGGUGUGCCUGUCAUUCUGCACGGGAGGGAGACUGGUCUUGCGGAGCAGCAUGCUCAACGCCUCGCGGGCUCGGGGUUGUACAGCUACGUCUCGCCCUACAAUGACCCCGACAUCAUCGCGGGGCAGGGGACGAUAGCGCUUGAGUUGCUGGAACAGUGCGAGCCGGGUGUCACCGUUGACAACAUCUUCAUUGCGAUGGGUGGCGGCGGACUAAUCAGCGGGAUCGGAAGCGUCAUGAAAGCCUUUAAUCCGCGUACGAAAAUCUGGGGAGUCGCAGCGGAAAACUCCAAGGCACUUGCGGCGUCUAUUGCCGCGGGGCGGGUCGCUGAAGUCGAGCAUCGCGAUACUCUGGCUGAUGCUGUUGCGGGGGGGAUGGACGCGGACUCGGUCACGCUGCCGCUCGCGAUGGCUGUUGUUGAUGAGACGGUCGAGUGUAAUGAGGAUGAGAUUCGGGAGGCAAUUCGGGUGCUUGCGUUCGAGGAGAAUAUGAUCGUUGAGGGAUCUGCUGCUCUCGCGUUCGCCGGGUUCAGGAAGGUGUUGGACCUUGUUCAGGGAGAGACUAGUGUGGUUGUCCUUUGUGGUGCCAAUUAUGACCGGGAUAGCAUCAAGGGUGUCCUUCUCGAUAUUUAA